AUUUCGUGGAACUGAAGCCUUCUGGCGUGCACAGAGCAAAGUUAUUUUUCUGGUGCUGAGAGGCAGUCAUCCUGAACGUGUGGCCAGGCAGCCUGUUUUCGGUGAACUCCAAGCAUACGUAGGCUCCUCUCAGCAUAUGGACGAAGCAUGGCCCUCCCAGCGCUACAGAAGUCAGGCUGCAGGAUUGUAGUUCUUCUUGCUUCUGCUGUCUGCCCUCUGCUGGAUGAAGCUAUCUAAGAGAGUAGCACUAAAAUGAUAGUGUACAAAGGGGUUUACAAGAUAUAAGCCACAAGAAAGAAGAGGACUGGAGAAAAGUACACUGCAGAUGGGAGAUCUCAGUAAAUUUUGGAAGCCAGAAGUUGGAUGGAGUAGAGAUGCAGUCAUACCUCGGUAUCUUUGGGGGAUUGGUUCCAGGACCUCCUUUGGAUAUCACUAUCCAUGGAUGCUCAAGAAAGAACAGAGCAACUAUCAGCCACUGCAGACAAGCACAGGACAGAGUCUGUGGAGGGCUGAUCCCACUGAUGUGCACCUACAACCAUCCUGUCCGUGGAUAGUUAUGAAAUACCUGUGUGAGUGCAUAGACAGGAGACCUGGAAGUUUUUGAGGCCGUAUUUAACAGGUUGAAGAAAUAUGGAUACCAACACCAUAUUGGUCAUCAGCGCUGGUUUUACCAGCUUUUUCACCUUUCAGCUUCUUUUCCACUUUGUAAGUUAUUGGUUUUCAGCAAAAGUUUCUCCAGGUUUUAAUAAUCUCAACUUCGAAAAGAAGAUUGAAUGGAACUCAAGGGUAGUGUCUACGUGUCAUUCUUUGGUGGUUGGGGUUAUUGGCUUGUACAUUUUCUUGUUUGAUGAGGCUACUAUUGCUGAUCCACUGUGGGGUGAUCCAUCUCUUGUGAAAGUGAAUAUUGCUAUUGCUUCAGGCUACCUCAUUUCUGAUUUGUUGAUUCUCAUUUGGUAUUGGAAAGUGAUUGGUGACAAGUAUUUUAUAAUUCACCAUUGUACAGCGCUGUAUGCAUACUACUUUGUACUGAGGGAUGGAGUGCUGGGAUACAUUGGGAAUUUUCGCCUGCUUGCAGAACUUUCCAGCCCUUUUGUGAAUCAGCGGUGGUUCUUUGAGGCUCUGAAGUAUCCUAAGUUUUCCAAGGCUAAUGUCAUCAAUGGAAUACUCAUGACUGUGGUGUUCUUCAUAGUGCGGAUUGCCUCAAUACCUCCUUUUUAUGGCUACAUUUACUCUGUGUUAGGAACGGAAGCCUACCUGAGGCUUGGAUUUUUAAUUCAAUGUUCCUGGAUCUCUACUUGUGUUGUUUUGGAUGUAAUGAAUGUCAUGUGGAUGAUCAAAAUUUCAAAGGGGUGCAUCAAAGUCAUCUCUCUCAUAAGACAAGAGAAAGCCAAAAAGAGCCUUCAGAAUGGAAAACUUGACUAAAAGUGGGCUAUUGAUAAGCAUACUUCAUUACUACCCACAUUAUAUCUUCUGAUAGGUUGAAUUCUUGGCA